AUGGCGGCUGUGAGGGGUUUUACUGCGCCGUUCACCGUGAAGCUGCUGCGGAGGUCGGACGCGGCGGCGUUGGUUGCUGGCAAGAGUGGCCUGGUGGAACUGAGGAGGAAGAGGAGGAGGCGGCUGUCCGGCCUUGUCAAGUGUUGCUGUUCGGAGAUCCGGGAUGUUUGCUGGUCGGCUAAAAAAGAUGACAAGUGUGACGAGAGGAAAUUCGACAUGACAAAGAGGCCUGCUCGUCGGGUUCCUGUUAUGGCUUUUGCUUCGCCUCAAUCUCUAUUUGUUUCAAAGCCAGAAAAGUUCUUCUCCCGUUGCACAAGAAAUUUAGGUCCUCAAUCCCGCGAUUCUCCCCCUCAAAGAGAUACUGGAAUUGCAAAUGAGAAAGACUGGGGCAUUAGUCUGUUGAAUGAACAUGUCAAUGAAUCUGGCACUAAUGAAGAUGGAGGCACUUGGUACCGUGAAAGUGGAGAAGAUCUUGGAGAUAAUGGUUACAGAUGUAGAUGGACUAGAAUGGGUGGCCAGAGCAGCACUUCAGAGUGGAAAGAAAUGUGGUGGGAGAAAAGUGAUUGGACUGGAUACAAAGAGCUAGGUGUGGAAAAAUCUGGAAGAAAUGCAGAAGGGGAUUCUUGGUGGGAAACAUGGCGAGAAGUUCUUCACCAGGAUGAGUGGAGUAAUCUGGCUAGGAUUGAACGAAGUGCACAGAAACAAGCAAAAUCAGGAACUGAAAAUGCUGGGUGGUAUGAGAACUGGUGGGAGAAAUAUGAUGCAAAAGGCUGGACUGAAAAAGGGGCACAUAAAUAUGGCAGACUGAAUGAACAGUCGUGGUGGGAAAAAUGGGGAGAGCGUUAUGAUGGAAGUGGUUCAAUCCUUAAAUGGACAGAUAAAUGGGCUGAGACUGAACUUGGAACAAAAUGGGGAGAUAAAUGGGAAGAGAAGUUUUAUGCUGGCAUUGGAUCACGUCAAGGAGAGACGUGGCAUGUAUCUCCCAUUGGUGAAAGAUGGUCAAGAACAUGGGGAGAAGAACACUUCGGAAAUGGCAAGGUGCACAAGUAUGGAAAAAGCACCACGGGAGAAAGUUGGGAUAUUGUUGUAGAUGAAGAAACAUAUUAUGAGGCCGAACCACAUUAUGGAUGGGCAGAUGUAGUUGGUGACUCUAGUCAGCUACUGUCUAUUGAGCCCCGAGAAAGGCCGCCUGGGGUAUUUCCAGGUAUUGAUUUUGGAUCAUCUACACUGCCCCCACCCGAGCCACCGUCUUCUUCAGACUGA